AUGGCCGAUGAACUGACUCGCUCGCCUUCCCCACCUGUGCACCGUCCGUGCCGCCCCACUGCCAACUCACCCGCCCCCACCCCACCCCCCACAGUGUCGCCUUCUAGUCGUCAAAUCCGAACAACCGAUCCAACUCUCGCAACUGCUCACCGCCCCCGCCCACAGCAUCAUAAACCAAGCUUCCGACUCUCGGCUCCGUCUCGACGCCGGAUCGAUCAACGCCGACGGCUUCGGCGUCGCUUGGUACGGACCCCACGACGAUGCCUCAACCCCUCUAGGUCCUUGUAUCUUCAGGUCCAUCACUCCCGCUUGGAGUAACUCGAACUUGCAUAGGAUCGCGGAGAGGGUCAAAUCACCGCUCGUAUUCGCUCAUGUGAGGGCGGUCAGUAUUUCUCACCAACUCCGAGUCUCGGCGACGCAAAGAAUUUGCACUAGUCAGCCGAGAGAGCUCAUCGAACGAUCUUCCCUACACUAGUCUACCACGGGCGCACUGAGCGAGGAAAAUACCCACCCUUGGUCAUACUACAACCUCGUUUGGAUGCACAAGUACGAUCUUCCCUACUCGACUUUGGUCACGUGUCGACCUAUCUGACCCACCCGCGCUCGAUUCUACACCUUCAGUGGCUGUAUCAGUGAAUUCCGCAAGAUUAUUCGUCAUCUACAAGCCGAUCUGUCGGAUGAAUACUUUGGCGUGCCACAGGUGCGUUCGAAAGGUCCUACCAGUAGAGAGCGCACAUGAACGUGCUCACCGUCCUCGGAUCUCCACCCGCACCAGGGCAAUACCGAUAGCGAAUGGGCAUUCGCCUGUUACCUCGAACGACUUUCCAAAGUGGGUGCGACCGCAAAGGAAACCUGUAGCAUGCAUUCGGGCGGCAGGUGCUGAUCAGACCGUAGUCUACAGAUCACCGAUCCCAAAGCCCGCACGAUCCCUCACCAACUCCUUCGUCAAGCGAUGCUCGAAACCGUCCAACUCAUCAGUUCCUACACACAAAGAAUAGGCGUGACCGAACCGUCCUUGAUGAAGUCAGUUUGGCAUAAAGUGCAUCGUCUUUCGGCUCUUGCUCGUGAACUGAAGACGUUUGGGCGAUACGUGUCAGCUUUUGCGUUAGCGAUGGCGUGAGCGUCGUUUCGACGAGGUACAUCACCAGUGCGACGGAGGAGGUGAGUAGGCUCGGAGAAACAUUCAUCGUAGCGACGCAUGUACUGAGCAGUUCCCCUCUUCUCCCACCCCUUCCCCAGGCUGCAAGUCUCUUCUUCUCCACGGGCUCCAUGUUUGAAGAAUACGAACCAGGGAUGUUCCGCAUGACCAAAGCCGACAAAAGAGAGCGCAUCAUUCUCAUCGCCAGCGAACCCUUGACCUUCGAAAGAGCCGGUACGUACCAUACCUUACCCCCACCCCUGAAACCUCUAACCGAUCUCCUUAUCUCUCGUUUGAGCAGAUUGGGUCGAGAUCCCCUCCCAAUCGCUGAUCGUGAUCACCCCACAAAACAACCUGUUGAAAUACCCCAUCGUGGACCAAUUCUUUCAACAUCAUGCCGUUUCAGUCAGGUCCGAUCGCUUUGCUUCGAGGAAGGGCUAUAGGUGGAAUAGGACUGUACCUACCGCCAAUAAUAAUCCGCCAACGACGACGACGACGCCGACGACAGCGGGGACGGGUUUGGGAACGCAAGGGAACGCGGUCGUUGCGCCGCUUUGA